ACUGUAAGCGUGUUUAUUAAAUGCCCUAGUGAACGAUUAUCGUAAUACCGUUAGUCGACAUACUGUAACGCUGUUUUACAGAUAUUAGUUAAAAGUACAGAAUUCGCGUGUUAUUCCAAUCCACUUGGAAUUUCCGAUCCAAAGCACCUUUGCGGUGUGGAAUUAGUGUUAUUAGUAAAAUUUCCAUAGCUUCUCGCGUUGACAUGACAACUUCUAUCUGAAUUUGCCUUCCUCAAAAAUAAUUACGAAGCAUAAAAAAAGCAAAACGUCCUUAGCUAAAGAGAACAGAUUCGGCGGCUUAUAUAAAUAACUCGUUUAGAUAUGUGACCCCCUGAUAAUAGAAUCUCGACAUGUGAUCCUUGAAGGAAAUAACUGCAAAGUGAUCUGUGAUGGCGCAACCCAAUUUUAGGUUUCUGCAUCAAGUGUAGUUGAAAUCCUUCUCACAAUGAAGAUCAAGUUCGUACUUCUGAUUGCUAUGGUGAUUUUGUACGUCGUUGGAGACGACCACUUCAUCCACACAGAUCACCACAGAAGACGUAAACAUCGGGUGGCGAGCGGAAAAAGAGAUAUUCGGUACGAUUGGAGGACGAGAGAGUUUAUUUCCGGUCAGAGAAGAAAUUCGAAGCUCGAUUCCGGUCUCAACGCCAUUUCGACGGAUCCCGAAAAUGAGAAAAAUGUGGAGAAAUUGUUUCUAAGCCCGAAUUAUACGAUCGUUCAGGCGCAAAUUGGAACAACCGCUGUUUUGCAUUGCGAAGUUAUCGAUAUUGGCGAGAGCACAGUGUCGUGGAUUAGGCGCCGGGAUUAUCAUUUACUAACUGUAGGAUUACAAACGUAUAGCAGUGAUAAACGAUUCUUCACCUCUAAUGGGAAAAGUGGGCAGGACUGGAGUUUACAUAUCAGAUACUCGGAGUUAAAGGAUUCGGGAUUAUACGAGUGUCAAAUAACAACUCAUCCCGCAUCUAGCCUCUUUGUAGAACUGCAAUUAUUGGAGGCUCACGCGGAUAUAAUAGGAGGAUCCGAAAAAAUUGUCAAAUCUGGAUCUCCGCUUCGUCUAAGUUGUAUAUUACGAAGAACGACGGAACCUCCUGAAUAUAUUUUUUGGUAUCACGGGGAGCACAUGAUCAACUACGACUUGAAGGGCGGCGCCGCAGUCCGACAUGGCCGCCAGGGUAGCGAGUUGAUCAUCCCCAGGGCCGAGAUGAAGCACGCCGGAAACUACUCUUGCGUGCCCUCAAACGCACGCCCUGCCAACGUCACCGUGCAUGUGCUGCAAAGUGAAAAACCGGCAGCCAUGCAGCAUGACAGCAAGGGUGGAUCUGCAGUUCCCUGCGGUAGAAGACGCGCAAUAAGUAUUUUGCUUUUAAAUGUCAUCGCCUUGCUUUGGAGAUGAUAGCUGAACAACACAUAAAUUUAAAAAUGUAAAUUGACUGUCUUCAAUCUUAUAAUUGAUACCGUAUAGUUUCUGUUUGUACAUAUCUUCCUACGAAAAUACCAAUUGGACUGUAUUUGUAUCUAGAAUAAGGCGAUGUACAAAAUGUAUCAUAUGCGUGCGUUUCUCUAUUUUACAAAAUGUGUGGACAAUAAGCCUAUCUUAAAAAUAUUACAUUGUACGAAUCGAAAUUUCUGAACGAUGUUUUGUAGUUGUAUUCCUCUAUUCGUUUGUUACAUUUGUAAAGGUUUAUGUAUAUAGCAUUAGGUUAGAUGUUUUCAACUACCUAACUCGAGUUGCUUUAGAUUACGGAACUGAAUUACUUCAUUCUAGGCACAUUUUUUAUUGAACUUUGUGGAGUUAUUGGGAGACCGAGCUUAAUUUCACCUAAACCCAAUUCCGACAUUUAGAUUAGUGAGACGUAAUCUGAAGCACUGAUUCAUCAGUCUAUAGUAAUAAAUUAGUGGUAGGAGAUUGAAUUCCAUUAGUGUCCUCAAACAGAAAGUGAAUGUUUCAAGAAAUAGAAGUUAAUUAUGCCAAGAGAUUAAUUGUACUAUAAUUAUAUUCAUUCUUUUUGAACAUGUACAGGGUACAUAUGUAUAUAAAGUAUGGAAUCUAAGUAAAUCUGGAACUGAAGGUGCAUUAUUUUAGCUUUGGUAUGAAUUUGAGGUACGGUGCGCUGUAAAUAAAAAUGUAUCUCCAUGACUGCCACUUUGUGAAUUUAAAUAAAAAUA